GGCAAACGAAAUCAUACAUACAUCCAUCCAUCCAUCCGUCUGUAAGACGAAGAUUAUAAGAAUCUCUGCCUCGAUACUAUAUCCAGAAUUUAUUGUAUCCACGCACCAUUCCGCAUUGAUUCCAUCCUAGCAAUACGCGCAUCGGUCACCAUCCUAGAAAUGUCUACCCCCCAGUUCAAGCUGAUCUUCCGCGUGCCACCAUCCCACCUGGCGUUAUGCAAAGAGGCCGUGUUCUCCGCUGGCGCUGGAAAAUAUCCGGGCGGCCGCUACUCCGAGGUGAGCUUUGAGACUCUCGGCAUCGAUCAGUUCCGGCCCAGUGCGAACUCCACCCCCCAUAUCGGCCAGCCAGGUGUGUUGGUGCAGGUUGAGGAGUACCAGGUUGAGACACUUUGCGUCGGUGUGGGGGUUAUGCAAGAUGCUGUGAAGGCGCUACGAAAGGCGCAUCCUUACGAACAGGUUGUUGUGGAGGUGAUUCAGCUGGUGCAUAUCGAGGAUCUCGCUCGUGGGUAAGAUUGGAAGGUGGGUUUGGUGUGCCUUAGGUCGCAUUUACGUGGAUAUUUGGGGACUUUAGGUGCCGGGAAGGUGACAGAAAUGGUUUCGUCGAAGGAAGUACGGACAGAAGUAUCGAG